AUGAAAAGGAGCCUUCAUGUUCUGAUCUCCUCACUCUCUGAAACACUGAUUGCUCAUGUCCUCACAACUACUUCUUCCGAUUCACAAACUCAGCAGGUUCUCCUCCGCGGUUCUACUAAGGAUGGCAUGUACGUGUUCCCACCUUCCUCUCCUCAAGCUCAUGUUGGCUCCAAUUCGAGUGUUAUCUCUCACUUCAUAUCUGUUCUGACCUCAGAUUUUCCUAUUAAGGAUCUGGGAUCUUUACACUACUUCUUGGGUGUUGAAUGUCAUCAUACCUUUGCUGGGCUCAUGCUUUGUCAAUGGAAAUAUAUCUUGGAUUUGCUCAACAAGACAAACAUGAUGAACUGCAAGCCAGUCAUCAGCCCUAUGUCCUUCUCCACAAAAUUGUCUGCUUUUGACUCCACUCCUGUUCCAGAUCCUAUGCUAUAUCGAAGUGUAGUGGGCAGCUUACAUUCAGCUCCUGCUGCUUGUGGAGGUCUUAUGGUCAUCAUGGCUCUCCUCUCUCCCACACUCUCCCUGGCCUUCCCCGGCUUCGACUUUGACUGGGGAGGCAGAGGCCAACGCAGAGCUGGAGGAAUGCCUCUCAGUCUUUUCCCAGAAUUCUAUCAGUACUCAUGCCCCCAGGCAAAUCACAUUGUCAUGUCUGUCUUGGAGCGCGCCAUCUCAGAACAGCCCAGGAUGGCUGCUUCUCUCCUCAGGCUUCACUUCCAUGACUGCUUUGUUCAGGGCUGUGAUGGAUCGGUGUUGUUGGACGAUAGCCCAACGAUAGUGAGUGAAAAGAGGUCGGCACCAAACAGGAACUCUCUCAGAGGAUUUGAAGUGAUUGAUGAGAUCAAGGCUAAGCUGGAAGAAGCAUGUCCACAGACAGUCUCUUGUGCAGACAUUCUUGCGCUUGCUGCUCGUGGCUCCACUGUGCUAAGUGGAGGACCCAAUUGGGCGCUCCCACUGGGAAGGAGAGACUCAAGAACAGCAAGCCUCACUGGUUCAAAUCGCCACAUUCCCGCUCCAAACUCCACUCUCCAAAACCUCAUAACAUUCUUCAACCGUCAAGGCCUCGACAAGGUCGACCUGGUUGCACUCUCAGGAGGGCAUACAAUUGGGGUGGCAAGGUGUGCAACAUUCAAGCAGAGGCUAUACAACCAAAAUGGGAAGAACCAACCAGAUGAGACACUGGAGAAAACAUACUACCACAGCUUGAAGUCAGUGUGCCCAAGGACAGGAGGUGACAACAACAUAUCCCCAUUGGAUUUGGCCUCCCCUGCAAAGUUUGACAACACCUAUUUCAAGCUCUUACUGUGGGGGAGAGGGCUUCUCACUUCAGACCAAGUGUUGCUUACUGGAAAUGGGAAUGGGAAUUUUAAUGCUAAGACCAUGGAGCUGGUGAGGAGCUAUGCAGAAGAUGAAGCCCUCUUCUUCCAUCAAUUCGCCAAAUCCAUGGUUAAAAUGGGCAACAUCAGCCCUCUCACUGGCUUCAAUGGUGAAAUCAGGAAGAACUGCCGCCGGGUUAACUAA